AGUACUAAUACAUGACAGACGAGGAUUCAAGGCAGUGCCAGAAGAAAUCAUCUCAUCACCAACCUGCUGCUGCUGCUGGUGGUAAAGGCAGCAGCAUACUGUAUUGGAGUUUCAUCUCGUGGUUGGUGCCAUUCAUCGUUUCGAUUCCCUUCUUCGAUGAUGAGGGCGAGCUCCAGCUGGAGGAGUAUACGUUCAAAAACUGUAUGGUUAUUGUUGGAACUUCUUGUGGCCUAGGGUGUUUACUGCGAGUGUGCCCUAAGGACCGUCCUCUUUCCUAUCUGAGGGCUCUAUGGCUCUCUGCAUGUUUCAUCGGUAUGAACUUGCUCCUAGACACUCUAAUAUUGCUUCCCCUAUUGAAGGCCAGGCCGGCUAGGGAAGGUACCGAGGAGACCUUCGGGACGUACUUCCGCAAGAUUGGCACGGUGUACUUGUCGAUAAUCCCACAGACUCUUGCUCUAAGCGCUGCGAGUCAUUGGUGCGAUUCAGUUGCACGGAGCAGGGAAAAUUAGAUAUGAAAUAAUUUCCUG